GGGCCGGCCGGUUGGGCGGGAGCGGGAGGUGACCCGGGCGCGGGGCGGAGCCGGCGCGGCGCAACUGCGGGGACCGGCAUGGGCGGCAGCGUGGGGGCGCCCUUGCGGCCUGCGGCCUUGAAGCUCAACCAGAGCCGGUACAUCUCCUCCUGGCUGACCGGAUGGUUCCCCAAGACCCCAGCCAAGUCCGUGGUGGCCCAGAAAACGCCCAUCAAGGUAGAGUUGGUAGCUGGAAAAACCUACAGAUGGUGUGUGUGUGGCCGCAGCAAGAAGCAGGAAGCACCUGAGCAGGAAGUUCCCAGGCAAGAGGCCUCCACUCCAGCUCUGCCGCUAACUAGCAAGUCAAGGCAGGCCUCAGUUUCCAUGAUCCAGUCUCUGCUGGAACAGCUUCCACCCUUCUGUGACGGCUCUCACUUCUUCCAACGCACUGGUCUAUCCCCACUCAAGUUCAAGGCCCAGGAGACCCGCGCAGUGGCCCUCUGCACCUGUAAGGCUACCCAGAAGGCCCCGUACUGUGAUGGCACCCACCGGAGUGAGCGGGUGCAGAAGGCAGAAGUGGGUUCCCCACUCUGAGGGACCAGCCCCAGGCCUCUGGUGGGCACCCCUUUUGUGGGGAAGGAAACGGAGUGCUGAGGCCAAAAAGGGACCACCCAGGGACCCCAGUCCCAUCUGCUGGUUGUGAAGGGCUUGCUCCCAAGACCUGAGGUCUCUCAGGCAGCUGGGGACCCCACCCCUGGCUUAUUACCUGCUGGUGAAAGUGGCAUUAAACUCUUUACCCGCCCGGCA